AUGAUGUAUCUAGUAUCUCCAGUGGCCAUUAUUCUCUUGCUGAUCGCCUGUCGCGGGAGGAGAUGGCUGACUGGCGGUGGUGCUGGCGAGAGGAGAUGGCUGACUGGCGGUGGUGCUGGCGAGAGGAGAUGGCUGACUGGGCGUUGCGGGGGAGCUGUCAAUGACGGGGGUGACGCAACUGGUGCUACGACGGGACGCGCGGAGCGGGGGAAGCGUGGCGGGGGAGCUGUCAAUGACGGGGGUGACGCAGCUGGCGCUGUGGUCGCUCUGCUCGUCCUGCUGGAGCUGACGCGUGUACACGUGGCGAGGUACCAGGAGGAUGAUGACGUGGCGACCAGGAGGGAGGCCGCCGUGUGCUGCGCGCAAUUCAACGAGGGGAGCGCUGGCGAGGAGAGAGAGGAGCGGUGGCGAGGAGAGAGAGGAGCGCUGUGCGAGGAGAGAGAGGAGCGCUGGCGAGGAGAGAGAGGAGCGCUGGCGAGGAGAGAGAGGAGCGCUGGCGAGGAGAGAGAGGAGCGCUGGCGAGGAGAGAGAGGAGCGCUGGCGAGGAGAGAGAGGAGCGCUGGCGAGGAGAGAGAGGAGCGCUGGCGAGGAGAGAGAGGAGCGCUGGCGAGGAGAGAGAGGAGCGCUGGCGAGGAGAGAGAGGAGCGCUGGCGAGGAGAGAGAGGAGCGCUGGCGAGGAGAGAGAGGAGCGCUGGCGAGGAGAGUGAGGAGCGCUGGCGAGGAGAGGAGCGUUGGCAUGGGGAAGGGGUGUUGGGCGGGGAGUGUGUACGUAAGGUAAAGGUAAAGGUCACGCACUCCCCAUCACGCACUCCCCAUCACACACUCCCCAUCACACACUCCCCAUCACGCACUCCCCAUCACGCGCUCACCACCACACACUCCCCAUCACGCACUCCUCAUCUCUCACUCACCAGCUCCACCUGCUCCCUCUGCACCGCAGCCCUCAUCUGUCUGCAUUGUCACAUGCUUUCUCUCAAAGAGCUUCUGCCUGUACCUGAGGGUCAGGCCAUUUGGUCUUGUCCCUGUGCACCUGUGCAUCGCAUUCAAUGGCACAAUCACUCUGUUGGUGAGGUGAGCUUCUGUUUCCCCCUCCCUUGUGCUCGUCAUUUCCUUGUCAUGAAAACGUUCCUCCUCGCGCUCUCUUCCUGCAUGGCACGCACGGCAUCCUCGAGUCUAUUGCCACCAGUGAGGUGA